UCAACCGGAAACAUUUUUACGGGACAUAUUUUGCGGCAGUACCUCUUAGGCGGUGCCACCCGCUAAAGUGUCCGACACUCAGUAAACAACAACUGUUAUGGAAGGUAGAGUCAUGCGAGGCAGGGGAGGCGGCUGGAGGAGAGGCGGCCGGGGUGGACACGACGGCGACGGCAAUAACAGUGAGCACAGAGGCCGGGGGAGAGGCGGCCAACACCGCGGCAGGGGCAGGCGAGACCACCGGGGACGCGGACGCGGUGGAGACUACCACGCCGCAGCAAACUUUCCCCAGCAGCACCAAGAUGAGGGGGAGAACCUCGAAGAUGAAGACAACAGGACGGCGGUGUUCUCCAGAAGAAAACUGGAGUCCAACUGGGACCGUUACGAGGCAUCAGAGAGGGCGGAGGAAGACGACGGCACGCCGUCUCAGAGAGGAACCGACUUCCAUGUGCUGCUGGAGUCAGCGGGGGAUUCGUUCACUCAGUUCCGGUUUGCAGAAGAGAAGGACUGGGAGAUGGAUCCAUUCGCAGCCAAUCAGGUGUCAGCGGUGCUUUUGGACCUCCCUGCUCUCGCCCAGAGUCUCCAACAAGUUCCUCUCCACCGGAGACUGAAUCUAGAAGCUGAACUGGUUCAGGUCUCGACACCAGUAGAGCUGCCAGCUGUGAGCCUCGCACCUAAACAGGAAGUACCCAAAUUUCCUCCUCCGCCUGCUGCCUUUAAAGGCCUCAGCACCAGUCAGAAACCAGCAGUGGGCUUAAACUCCCAGGUUUCCUCUGUGGCUGUUAAACCUGAGGAGGAGGAGGAUGAUGAAGAGCUGGAUGAGCUACUUGGUUUACAGAAACCCGGUUCAGAUGACGCAGGACAUCAGCUGAUCUGCAGUCCGAACGAGGAGAGACGAUCGCCAGAGAAAGGAUUUGAAGAAGCGGCACCGGAAGAAAAAGUUUUAGACGAGGAUAUUGCCCCUCCAAAGCCUGCGGAGGUCAAAGAGUCGAUGACUGAGGAGGACCUGGAGGACUGGCUGGACAGCAUGAUCUCCUGACCAUGAAGAAGAUGCACAAUUUAAAGACCGGAGUGGUUGGCGCACUCACCUGCUUGCCAUUGUGAGUGACGGAGGACAGGAUGGUGCGAAGCGUCUUGAAGCCCAUGGCGAUGUCCAAC